GAGAAGGUAGAAGAGCUAGCUUUACAGCUUAAGUUGUUCAAAACCACGUUAAGUUCUUUCUCGACAGCAAGUCUAGAGACUUUCAGUUUAAUAUCAUUACUUAUCAAAAGUAGUCUGCCAUAUAUCUGGUAUAUUUUUAUUGUUGAAUCGAUCACAUAUUUCAAUUCAUGGUUACUUUAAUUUAAACAGAAAUGAACUUCAAAGAAUGCGGUUUUCCAAAACGUCUUCAGGCUAUGGAUAAUUUGUUAGUAGACGAUGUAUACGCCUCAAUGAUUUUGAUUGGCAGCUUCAAAGUUAGCUUGCCGUGCUUUGAGCGCUUGUUACAGUGACCUUGAUUUUUAUUCACUGAGAAGUCAGGUAAAAUAAACGCGAAGCAGGUUCUUCAAUAACAAGAUGACGCGCUGCGAGUCAGCGAGCUUCCUUUCUCUCCUGACUCUCCUGCUAUGGCUAUCGUCGGCGGAAGCAUCGCAUUUUCGUUUUGGCAGUAUCUCAUGGGCUCCGACUCCGGGCUUCAGCAGCAACACGAUCACUUUUACCUUUCGUCUCGCUUUUCGAAGAUCGUUCUCUAAUUCAUAUUACUGCGACGAGAAUACGAAAAGUCAGAGAACCCUUAUUGGAUAUGGAGAUUCAUGGACAGCAACCUGCAGCGACCCUUACAAUCCACAGUGUAACACAUACCUUGCAGAUACUGGAUUUUACUGUACUGACUUCAGUAGCAAUGAAGAUUGGUCCAUGGGUGAAAACAAUUUCACUUAUACUUUUCCAUCAAACAACUUGGAAUGGACUGUGAGUUACACGAGCUGCUGUUGGAUUUCUUUAGCUCGGUAUGGCAACGGGCAAUGGCUUGUUUCUGGGGAAAUUGACCUGACUCCACGAUCAGAUAAUGGAAAAAUUAACUCAUCUCCGGUAACAAGGAGCCUGGCCAUCUACCGCUUUCAAGAGGGUUGCCCCAAGGAAAUUCGAAUCACCGUUGAAGAUCCCGAUGGAGAUACGGUAAAAUGUCGUUGGGCAAGCGACGCAGAGUCCUCAAUACCAAGCGAUAGUUUCCCUUAUGGUUUACUUGAAGAGACAAACUGCGUUUUGAAAUAUGGAGGAGGAAAUGGAACAGCGGGAACUUACGCUGUAACGUUGACCUUGGAAGAUUUUCCAGCAGGAACUACAAACUUUAAUAACGUCCGACCAUUUAGCGCUGCAGGACUACAGUUUCUUGUGAUAAUAAAUGGUCAGUCUGGUCCUUGUGACGACAUACCCGUAUUCACUGACUCCACCCCUCAAGAUGGCGAAUGUUCCGAGAUUCAGAUCGGCUCGGCAUAUACGGCAGUCAUCGAGGUGCAACUUGCUGACAUCGCAAAACACGUUGUCGAGAUAGCCACUUCUUCUCCACCUGGAAUGCAAAUUACGUCUUUACGUUAUCAUCAAGGCAUCUACUACAGGAAUGUCACGUGGUAUCCUAACCAGUAUCAAUUUGGACAGAAUCUAUUCUGCUUCCAGGCGGUAGACUCUAAUGGGUUACAGAGUUCAUUGCAUUGUGUCACUAUUCUUGUGGGACUAAGUAAUACACCUCAAGUGAUCUUGGGAUCACAGUCGCCGAGUAAACCCAUCAGUGAAAUUGGACCAGGCUCGAUAUGGUGGAGUAUUCAUUUUGAUCAAGUGGUAAGAAAUGAAGUCUUUUGGGAGCGCCCAAUAUUUUACACUGCAACCAUGGAAAAUGUUAAUGAAUCUUGAAUCUAAUUUUCGUGGAUAUUAAGUGUUAUGUACUGUUAAUAAGUAAGCGUUCGAAUAGCCAUACAGCAGGUAGCUGUUUUUCUAAAUGUC